GAACCGUUCGUUUCAAAAGUGACGCGCUCGUUGGUUGCUGCACACCGUUGUUUGUUAUGGCGAGACUUUUUUCUGUUUUUCGGAAGUGAUUUUUUGCUUUCACGGAAAUAUCCGAAGUAGAGGGGUAGCGAAAAAAUUUGGCGAAGCGAAAAUUAUCGAUUAUCUUGGGUUUCGAUUAGGCGUUUGAGGUUUUCAGCUAGCGAAAGUGUCCAUGAACAAAACAGUGUUGCAUCUAGCGAAAGGGAAUUUUACAUAAGGAUGAUGAUCAGUUAGUGAAGUGGUCUUAUCAGAGCUGCAUUUUCAUUGUUGGUGAGCUAGAAAUUGUGGAAAAGCUGUUGGCGACGGCAAGAAGAGGAAACGGCAGAGAUUGCAUCAUUUGCGAGCUGUAUUUAUCAUACACUCUUCUUUUGAUAUACACACUUGGCGCAAUCUGAACGGGACAACUGUAUCGCACCGGUGAAUGACGGAAUACAAACACACACACAACGUAUUAGUGGGAUUGUAAUAUGAAUACUUAAUUACGCCAGUGAAGUAAUCGCGGAAUCAAAAUUGUAUCUUGUUCUUGCGCGGUCUUAGUGGAAUUGGUGGAAUAUUUUCUUUUGAAUCUAAUGUGGAGCAUGUUAAUUUCAAUGGAGCUCGUAUUUUUCGUGGUGAAAAACGACUGGUUGGAAGCGAUCUGUUUGAAGUGAUUGUCAUAAGUCGACACUUAGGUGAAUUGGUGGAAAAUAUUCAGUGCAAGUGAAUUAUUGCAACGAUUACUUCAGUUAGUUAAAUCUGUUUCCAAAAUGUCUGUACAAGCAAAGCGUCAGCACUGUUAUCUGUGCGAUCUGCCCAGGAUGCCGUGGGCAAUGAUCCACGAUUUUUCGGAGGCCGUAUGCCGAGGGUGUGUGAAUUACGAAGGAGCCGAUCGGAUCGAGUUGGUUUUGGAUGGCGCUAGACAGAUGAAACGCAUUCAUGCUGGUGCCGGCGGCGGCGGUGGUGGUGGUGGCGGAUCUGGCGGCAGUGGUAGUGGUGGUGGUGGUAAACGUGGUCACGAGAACGGCGAAAUGCCGCAUCGAUCGGUACCGCAGGCACAUCAUCACUACUCCGUACGCACCGGUCCCAACGGGCCGACGCUGGUUGAUUUCACACCCAAGCACGAGCCACAUGACAUAUCCGGAGUUCGCCCGGGGGCACGCCUACAGCAGCAUAUGCCACCGCAUCACUUACCGCACGGCAACCGGCAGCAGGUACCGCCGGCACUUUCAGUCAACCUGAAGCGACCACCGCCGGAGGAUGACGACCACGGACCGAUGGAUGGACCGACGGGCAGUGCCAAGCGGGGUCCGGAGGAUCCAGGCUCCAUCCAGCGACCGCCACUGACUCGCGGUGAAUCGCUGCCGGCCGUUCCGUUCGUACCGGAUCGUCAGCCCAGCUACAAAGAUAAGCACCCGGUGCGGACAGCUUCCUUCGAUGCGGCCACGUUUAAACCAGCCGACCAAAAACAUCAAAACAUGGGGAUUUACGUGAACGCCCCUGUUGUGCAACGUUACAAAUUGUACCCGACCGUGAUACCGAUUCCACCGGUUUCAAUGGGCGAUUCUACACCACCGACCCCAUCAUCGGUAGCAACGCUGCAAAGCCCGAUGGCGAAUCUAAUGUCCAUCACGGAAACUCUUCCGCCGGGCAGCCCCCGCAACGGUCCGAGUCCACCAGGGCCGCCACCUCCACGUACGGCUUCUCGAGGUUCCCAGCAUUCGCCAAACAGCUCCGGAUCCUCCAGUGGUCGGCGGUCGUCCGGCUCCCGUCACGUAUCUAGCACGACGGUAACAUCGAGUGAAGCACAACAAUCGAACCCAGCCGGAGUUCCCGGCGGGGCAUCCACUCCGAACGGCAAUGGAUCAAAUGGCAAUGGCAGCAUAACACCGAUGUCGCUAGCGUCUCUCGAACGACCAAACAUUGGGCCACAACAACCACCUCAGUCACAGUCGGGCCCGCAACCGCCACCGGAUGCCGUCGGUGGCAUGGCACCGGGUUCCGGAGGACCUCCGGGUACACCGGGUGCAGCCGGACCUCCUGGGGGUCCUGGUGUCCAGCAGGGUAUCAACGGUCCAACGCCAAACAGUGGCACCGGAGGACCCGUCCCGGCACCGGCACCAAAUCCGACGCUCAAAUGUACCAUCUGCCAGGAACGGCUGGAAGAUACCCACUUCGUGCAGUGUCCCUCGGUGGGUCAUCAUAAAUUCUGCUUCCCCUGCAGUCGCGAGAGCAUCAAACGACAGGGCUCCGGCGCCGAGGUGUACUGCCCGAGUGGCGAGAAGUGCCCGCUGGCCAACUCGACGAUACCGUGGGCCUUCAUGCAGGGCGAAAUCGCAACCAUCCUGGGCGAGGAGUUGAAGGUGAAAAAGGAACGUGAAACGUAGAGCCAUGGUAGCGAUGGUGACGAGCUGACGUCGUCCUCCUACCGAUACUUGUACUACUACAAUAAUAACAACAACAACAAUAACAGCAGCAGCAGCAGCGGCGAUGCUAACAACGACAGUAGACGCAACGGUGGCAAUGCCUACUAUCUAACGGACACCGCAGCGACCCCACACGGUCUCGCUGGUCAGCACUACUAUCCACCUCAGCAGCAGCAACAUCGACCGUUGGUACCAGCAGCAUCCUGGGUAGCAGCACCACAUGGUUCAGCGGCUACUGUUCAACAACCGGCACCUCCUGCUGGUUGGGAAUUCAGCAAUGGCGGAACACGCAGCGGACUCGAUUGAAAAGCACACACUAACACUAGUUAGACGAAAUUUUGGGAGUCCGACUAGUUGAACUUGCUAUGCUAAUACUAGAAACAGCGAGAGAAUCUCGUCAGAGGUACGUUCUUAGGGAUGAUUUUGACAAACUAUUGGUAACAGAUAAGUUGAACGAGGAGAAACAUUUCAUAUGAAACCUUUUUUGGGAUACCAUAGCAGGAACAAUUGUUGUACAUAAUCAAAAAAAAAAACUAGGAUAUAAGCGAACGCGAGAAACUUGGCUCCCUCCACAGACGAAAGUUUGAGGCAGGAGUUUUUUCCGCCUUUUGCAAUUGCGCAAGAGACGAACUGGAAACGGUUACUUUUUGGCACAUCUCGAGCAACUCAUCGGAUACGGAUGGGGCGGGAUCUAAAACAACACUAAUCCUUUUGUAUGUUUUCUUUUUUCUUACGCAGAAAGUGCAUAUAGGUAUGCACAAAUAAUUAGUCGUAGCAGAGUAACACAGAAUUCUUAGUGAUAAUCAAUAAGUUGGGUAAGAAAACCUAUUGGAGGAAACAAAUGUGAAUAAUCGAUAACAGUACACAUACACACUAAUGCGUAGAAGUUGAAAAAUCCCUUACAAUGAAAACGUUUGUUUUUAUACAGAUUUUUAAUUAGUUAAGAAUUUUAUAUUUUAAUGUGGAGAAAGGCAAGCAUAAUUGAUAAUACAAAACUUUAACAUAGUCGGAUAUGAAGCAGUUGCUAUGCAGAAGCCAGUUUAGAUGUUUUCUAUAAGGUCCAAUUCGCAUGAAACAGUCGAGCAGAGGAACCAUUUUUGUAGAAAAAAAAGCGAGAUGUGAAACAAAUGAAAUAACUCUAUUUUAAGAGUUGACUUAUUUAAUUUUUUUAUUGCUAUUAUCUUUAUUCAUACUUUAAACAGCAUAUAUAUUUAUGAUUAGUUGCUAGUUUUUAACUAUGAUACCUGUAAAUAGCCGAGAGGUUCUAGCGUAUAGAAGAAAAAUGAAACAUUUUUUUGUUUUCUAAUUUAACAAUUUUAAAUGGAUGAAAAAAACCAUGUUACUGAGAAAAACAAUUCACAAAUACAGAGAAACAUUAUUGGUCGUAAAGUUUUUCGUUUGUUUUCUUUCUUUUCCCUAAUUAGAAAUUUUGUCUUUUUUUCGCGGGUUCGGUUAACUUUUCACGCACCGACAUGGUUAGUCUUACCGAUCGAUCAUACGGUACCUUAUCGUUUCAAUUAAGAAUUGUAGUUUUCAAUUACUACUGCUCCCAUGGGUUUGCAAGACCAGUGCAGAAAUAUAAAGCAAGACGUUUUUGGCUUUCGCUGAAAUGCAGAAGAUGUUUGAAUAGUUUUUAGAACGGAUGAUCGGACGGUUGUUCCAUAAGAAAUCAUGUACAAUGGAGGCAUUUCACGGAUAUAAUUUCUAAUGUUUUCCAAAUACUUUAAGUGUUUUCGUCAGUGCAAGUGCGCUUUUCGAAUCAACAACUUGACUAAUGAAUGAAACUUGAGUAAAUUGAGACCAAUAGCAUAAAAACCGACUUGGUUGAAUUUUUCACUGUGACGAGUUAUUGUAAAGCCUUGUAACAUCUAAACGUAGUUUAUCGAUGAUCGUAGAGAUAUUAUCCUGGUACGGAUAGAAUCUGUAGUGCUGAAUUCCAUUGUUGAUUUGUUCUAAGGGUGCCAUCAUCUGUGUAGAUGUUCAGCUUCUCCUUCUUUUCACGGUUUUGUUGAUUAGCGAAUUAUGAUUGUGAAGCCGUCCAAAUCGAGCCCUUCAGCAUGCUAUACGAAAAAGUCGUCAUUCAUUAAUUAGGCCGCGCUAAACUGACUAAAAUUUAAAUGCCGCUAAUUUCCAUGAAGAGGGUAAGAAUAUCCUUUCUACUUUCGUAAUGAAAUAAUUGCUUCUUUGUUGAUCAGUCUGCUGCGCUUAUCUUCUUGUAUUUGCCGUAUCAGCGCCGUGUAUCACGAUGGCUGUCUUUCGGCAUUUUGGUGACAUAUUCAGCUCAUCGUAGUUGUUAGAUGUCAAUCGAUUUGUGCUGGGACAAACUUUUCAGGUUCUGCCGUUCUACCUCAGUGGUUGGCGGUUUAGUUGUACAUGAUAGCUGUGGUCUCAAGGAUGCAAGAGCUGCGAUCGUCUUAGCUACUACACGUACGGUGCAUUGAGCGGAUUUCAGACUAACAUAAAAGUUUCUCUAUUCCAAUCUCACAUAAUCACUAAGACAGUCACGAAUGUGGAUCUUCUAGUUAAGAUAAUUCGUUCAGUUUAAUGCAAUGGUUUUUAUUUUAAUAUCAGCAAGAAUAGAAAAUACAAUCUUAUGAUUGUAUCGAUUCGUACUCCAAGUUCUCAAAUUUAUUAGGCGAAAAACUACGAAAUGGUGCCGCCUGAAUUUAAUAAAAAUAGAAACAUCACACGAAUUGUCGGCCUCAUAAAUCGGAGGCGGGCGUAGUGUAAUUGGUAAGUACACUACGUGUACCUUGUACACAAUUCACUGGGGGUCUAUUGCCUAGCACAGAUUCCUUCCUAAACGCUUAACGGCACCCAAGUAACUCAAUUUCACUGAGUACGCAAUCGACAACCUCAUCUAACUAUUGCAAAUAGAUGCGAUCUAUGCCGACCUGUGUGUCAUUUUUGUUAAGGUAAACCACUGUAUUGCUCGCUUUAAGUUGGAUUGGUUCAAUUUAUAUUUUCGAGUUUUUUCUUGCAACCUCUUGCGCCUCACAGUAACUUGAAUCCGCUUGGUUCCUGAUCUAUUUCAACGACGUUUUAUCUGGUUUACGCCGACGACGUAAAAUUAUUUCCGCCAAAGAAAAACUGUCUGAUAGUACUGGGAGCGGGUCUAUGUAGUGCUCAAUCAAACUAAAUAUGUAUGCAGGUAUUAAAAGACUUUCUUUGCUACACUUCCGAAUUCGUCUCGAUGGAAUUCCGAUCUAUGGACAUCGAUGAAAUUUCGUUCUCUGGACCUCUUCCAUUGCCUCAAGAGCAUACCGAAUUCUCGUCGUGAUCGUCUGGAAUGAACAAUGUUUAAUAACACUAUACUCUUGGCUUGUUUGGUAUUCGCUGAUAUAUUGCUUCACAGUUUUAAUCCUUCACUAUUACAACGCCGUUUACUGCAUCGAAAGCACUCAGUGCAGGUUCGUCCACUAUACUGACCAUAUCAAAUGCGUUCAAAAGCGAAUCCCCCUCCCUUACAUCACGCUCGAACGUUCCUGGCAAACUUCUUCCCAGAUUGAUGCCCGUCAAAUUGAGGUCUUCGGAUUUACACACACGCGGUUCUUGUUAUACAACAGCGAAGAUUUUAAGCUGUUUGUUGGAAAAAUCUGCAAUCCUCAAUCGAGCGGAUGAGACGAAAUAUACUGAGAUCGCCUGCGAAAGUCUGGAGAGGAGUCUUCAACACUAAUGUGUUGUUAUUGAAGUAAAGUCAAAACUUCAACGGUCCCAAGUAGCUUUCCUGGGCUGCUCCUGACGUAGAACUGAAUGUGGGUGCCUGGCAAUCUCCAACCAUUAUCUCUCAGUCUGUGAGCUAGGAUCGAAACAACUGCAACAACUACCGUUAAUUCCGAAUUUCCGUUUAGUAAUCGGUCUAUUGUGAUUCAUUCUAUCAAAAGCCGCAGAUAGGUCGGUGAUGCCACUGGCAAGAGAUGCUCGAAAGAUUUGGAGAACGCCGAGGUACCUUUUCAGAAACAGCGAAAGGAAUCUGCGGGGUUCCCUAUUGAAAGACGAUUCAAACCGAGAAGCAAUUCAAUUACCAGCGUUCGUUUCAUCGGCAUUGAUGGUGCCUAGAGUUUGGUUCACAAUUACAACCGGUUCAAUUUGUUCAUAGAAUUUUAAAUGUCAUAAUACACUUGCAUCUUCGUGAUUUUAACUGGCAAUUUUGGAAAUUUUGCAUUUAUAGCGUAAAAAUAGCGAAAUUCAAACAAAAAUUUUUGUUUGGUUGUUGUUGUUGUUGCUGUUUAUUGACGACACUUUGCAAUUUGGGUGAAUUCGUGUCCCAAAAUUUUUUUUUGCCUGCAAAUUUUACAAUGCAGUUCAGUUAUGCAGUUACAAAUCAAAACAUAAUUUUAUAACAUUUUAAAUAGUUCCCUUGAGGAAUUUUACCAUACUCUCCUCAUUUUUCCUGUCUAGGGUUGCCACCUCUGGAGAGGCUUUAACCCGGAGAUUUUCACUGAUCUGGGGGGUGGUGGAUUUUGAGUGGAACGAGACAAAAAUUGGAAUCAAAGCGAUUGCUAGGCAUUUUAGAGCACUUUAAUCGCUUUUUAUUAGCACGUUAAAGUAAAACUGUAAAUUUUUCACGCUUGAGGACGGUUUUAUCGGUUUAAUGUGGUGUAGUAUUUCACUUACCUGACUAAGUGCCAAGAAUACAAAAGCACCAGCUACUCUCACUGUGGAGGUCGAACGGGCAUUGCUCUCCACAACUAACAGAAGAAGGAGAGCAAAGGAGGCAGAGCUGCGACAUCAUACUAUGUGGUGUCGGUUAUUCGUCACCAACAAAUUUUAAUUUCGCAUAUGGCUUACCGAACGAGCAGCCGCUGGUCCCCUAAGACGAUUUCGCUAGAUUUUUAGAGCAGCGUGCACUCAGUGCACUAGCGCGACUUCCGGAAGGUUAAUUUGUAGUAAAUUUUAUUUGUUUUUCAUUUUCAUUGCUUUGUGAAAGAAAUUAGCAAUAUUUGGUGAACUCUUCGCCACCUUGAAACGAAGGGUUAGUAGGGGAAAAUAAAUCUGAACCAGAGUAAUAGUUUAUUUAGACUUUUUAAAUAUUUUGUAAAGAAUAAUUCCAAAAAAAAAUGAACCUAUGCUUCUCCCCACCAAACCCGGAGAAAUUGAUGUAAAACCCGGAGACCCGGAGAUCGCUCCCGAAAACCGAAGUCUCCGGGUCAAACCCGAAGGGGUGGCAACCCUAUUCUUGUCGUUGCGCAGAGCCGCUCGCAGACUAGUCGACUCGAUAUCGUGCUUCCUUCUAACCUCGUCGUACUUUCUGCAGCGAAGGAUCACAUGGCGGACAUCUACAAUGAUCCCACAGCAGUCGCACAUUGGUGGUGAAGUUUUCUUGAGCAGGAAAUCAUGUGUUAGCCGGGUAUGCCCUAUUCGAAGCCGUGUAAGCACUCGCUGGUCGGCCGAAUUCUCGCGUCAGUCCACUUUACUGUGUCGAAUUUGUCUUCUCGAAGCUUCACUUCAGUGGACGCAGACCUUCGACGGUACCACUGAUUUCGGAUAGCUGUUUUGAUGUGAUUGUCAGCGUCAGCUCCCAGUGUGGCUAUUUGCAAAGGAGCAUUACCCUUGACUUCUCCUGCGAGGUGAUCUGCCUCUUCGUUCCCACGGACGCCAGCGUGACCUGGAAUCCAGCAGAGAUUGAUUGUACGGUGUCGGAUCAUGGUUUCAAUCUCCUGGAUCCACGGAUGCUGAGAUGUGCCAGCUUCAAUUGCCGAUAAGCAACUGGCUGAGUCUGUCAUUAUCAGAAGGUCGUUGGACAUGUAGUAUGUUGUUAUCGCUGUUUUUAUUGCAAACGCUUCGGCCGAGAACACGCUACACUGUGGCGGAAGACCAUUCUACUGCUGGAGAUGUUCUCCAAACAUUCCCGCGCCUACUGCGUUGUCGUCUUCUGAUCCGUCGGUGUACACAACUGUUGAUCGCCUGAAACGGACGUUCAGGAGCUCCUGAACUAUUGGGCGAACUACUUCAGAGGGAUCUCCAGCAUUCACGUAUUUUUUUAUGUCCCACAUGACGUGGGGCUUGGGCUCGUUCCAGUUUCGGUCAGUUAAUCGCGUUCGAGUACAGCUAUUUGGUAGGGGAAUUCCGAUCACCUUUGACAGUUUUAUCGGAAGCUCGACGUACUAGUGGGAGAUCCGAAUUAUUUCUACUUUUUUUCAACAUACGGAUGGACAAUCGGGUUAUACUUUUGAGAACGAGGAGAUCAAAUGGUAAGGUGCCUGCUUCGGCCAUGAUGGCUACGAUCGGACUUGUAACGAAUGCAACAAAUGGAUUCACAUGCCUUCUUCGUUAGCUUGCAAUGCGCUUUGAAGUUCAGCGAUACCAAGGGUUUUCAGUUGAUUUUAUGACUACUGUAUCUAUCCUGAUGGAUUGCGUGGACUCACGGCGGGCAUUCGGGCUACAGUAGGAGAUGCUGGAUUUUGUUGCUGAUAUCGUGAAUCCAACACUUUUCGCCCAUCUAUGAACGGCUUUCACUGCUGACUGUAACUGAGUAACCGAGAUCACAGAGCCCUGUGAUACACCAUUUUCCAACGGUAGCUUGCACGAUAAAUGCCCAUCGACGUUUACCUGGAACGUUCACUCGGAAAGAAAGCUAGUGAGCAUGAUUAUCAUGUUUCCGCGUAUCUGCCACUUUCGUAAUGUUCGCAGGAUGCCGUAUCUCCAAGUGGUGUCGUACGCCUUGGCCAAGUCAAGCAGACAGUGCUCGUCACGGUCAGGUAAUGACCUCUCCAACUCCGCAAAAUAUGUGUGCGGUUAAUCUACCUACCACAGCGGGCAGGACUAUAGCAAAAAUUCUGAUAACGCCAUUUUGAAAACUUUGAAGACUACCAAAAUCUUGACGGAUAUAUGCAGGUUACCAGAUCUUGUAUCUGCAUAUGAAUAGUUAUUCCUAUUUUCAAUUUUCAAGUGAGAAAAGUAAAUUGGAAAGAGAAAUAAUAAGGCAUUAUUGAGAGAUUAAGAAGACGGAAAAAUUGUAAGAUCUUAGUGCAGUAAACUUUAAUUAUCGUACUUUGCUUUAUAGUGAGUUUACGUUUAGGUUAUGGUUGCGGUUGGCCGUAACUGCGACAUUAUACCGACAUUCUGCUUCAUGUGCUAGUUAUUUUCCGUCGGCUUAUUUCCGCUAUGAGGCUAAACACCGACGUCAGAGAGGUGACUCCACUAUCUGGACUAGAUAUCGACCCAUCAACUCAUGCACCGGGGACCAACGGCUUUACUUCCCUUCCGAAAGAAGGUGUGACCACAGAUUUUUUUCACCUCAGAAAAAUUUCAACGACCUCAGACCAGUGGCGGUUACGCUUACCACUCAACCACCGGGGCCGUCUGGUCCGACAUUAGCUCGAUUGCGGCUCGACUUGAUUCAAUAUUGAGCCUGCAUUUUGGUUAACUUUCGAUCGAAAUAUUUCAUUUUUGAUAUAUUUUUAUUUCCUUGCAUUUCCUGCAAGGAGGUUUCUUGCAUUUUUUGUAGGUAUUAGUAGUAAGAGGAGCGCUCAGUGAGCAAAUGGUUGCCUGGCUGCGAAUCAGCGAAAAUGCGGACAAGUGACUUUUCUCCAUAUGAAUUGUCGUAAAAUCCAUACAAACUUCUACUUCCAUCUGGUAGUUAAGACUUCUGUUUUGUCUAUCCGCACUGACUGCCACUCACCGACAACAGCGAGGUAACUCCACCAUCUGGACCCUGGAUAUCGGCCCAUCAACACAUGGACCGGGACCAACGGCUUUACUUCCCUUCCGAAGGCAGACGUGACCACAGAUUUUUCACCUCAGAAAAUCUCAACGACCUCGGCUGGAAUUGAACCCAGCCCCCUGGGGUGAGUGGUGGUCACGCUUACCGCUUAACCACCGGUGCCGUCAUGGUAGGUAGACUUAUCCGAUUUGGAUCAAAUUCCUAGUUGAGCUUGGAAUCAACUGAAAGUUGUGCCGAUUGAGUUUUCAAAACGGCGUUUUUUUCUGGGCAACAUCUGAAACCAUCCCUUGCAGUUCUUUGAUUCUGAGCUGCUGUGUAUAGAUCUAGUCAAAUACGUUGGAGUUAUAAUGGAUGCCAAACUGAACUAGUCUCCUCACAUUGAGUUCCAGAAAGCGUGCACGAACUUUUGGAAAGACUUGGGGUCUCAAACACAAAUACAUCUACUAGAUUUACACGACAAUUGUGCGUCCAAUAUUGUCAUACGGAUACUUUGUGUCUUCCUUACAGGACAUUCCAUGUGAAAUUUCCCUCUCGAGAGCAGUGGUUGUCUGGCUACAUGGAGAGACAAUAACAAACGCAAGUGGUCUGUCACACUGCCGGCUCUCUGAUGAAGGGACGCACUGGUGCUGGUGUCUACUGUCGUGAAAUGAGAAUGGAACAGUCUCAUUCGCUAGGUAGAUACUAUAUGGAAUUUAAGUAGAAAUCUUCACGAUUAUGUGCAGGGUACAGGCUCUUCAACAGAACUUGUCCGGCAAAGUUAUAGACUUCUGCUUCGAUAGUCAGGCUGUAAGCAAGGCCCUUAGCUCAGACAAAUCCCGGUCUAAGUGAAUGCAUUCCGAACUCAAAUAGAAGAAAUUAGCAUUGCCCCUAGUAUCAACCUCGUUUGGGUGCCCGGACAUUCCGAUAAUAUUGACCAAAGUAGACGCAGAGAUUAACUUUGCCUGCUUUGCCAAUUCCUACUAGUUGGAUAAAUGAAAAGAUCCGGUCUUGGGCUUCAGCCGAGCACUGCAACUAUUGGCGCAAUUUUAUCGUCAAGCAAAAGUUUUUUUUAAAAAAAACCGUGCGCAGUAAUUUUGAAUAACCUCUCACCCUUUCCGAAACAACACGUGAUAUGCUGAACAGGGCUUUAACUAGCCACUGUAAACUCACUUAUCACAUGGCUACUAUUCAGUCCGCUGAGUUAUUUUCAUGUGAUCUUUGUGAAUUCGACUUCAUAUCAUGUGAUAUGAAACUGCCCAGAGCUUCCGGCUGUCCUUACAUAGACGAAUCUGUGUUUGGGCGACUGAAACUUCAUAACAUACUAUAUGUAGUUUAUAAUCCAGUCUGACUUACCAGCUGUUUGUUUUUGUCCUGUCAUUUUUCCACAAUUCCAACUCUACUUCUUCCCUCCUCCUACUCCUUUCCUUCCGAUCAUGGGAAUCAUGGACAGGGCAAGGCACAAAUCACCUACUACAUACGGAGAACGUGCCAGUUGAACAAAUAUAUUUUGCUGCUUGAUUUUUAAACUGCCAGUAUCUAGCUUGCAACGCAAAACCUUUCAAAUAGUUUUAAAAUCGAAUUUGAAACGAAAUAUCAAAACUAUGCGAAUCUAUGAAUAGGAGAAGCACAGUUAAAUGUAAGCACAGUUAGCUUGCUACCAAAUGGAAUCAUACCUUCUAGGUUGGAAUAUUAUGUUAAAAAGUUUUUUAGGGAUUAACAAUUUAAUCAACUGCCCACGAUAUUCUUGAAAAACCUAUAUCGAAUUUUGUGUUUGUCUAAUAUGGCAGUUUAAAAAAGUUGUUCGAUUGCAGCAUUUAAGCCAUCAUUAGCGUCGCGUCGUGGUAAGAUCCCUGGCAUAACCAAUCCCAUUUUUUUACACUGAACAAUCAGAGAUUUGGCUGUUGAUACAGUGGCCGAUGACGCAAACACAUUAUUCAAUUAAACUUUAAUCAUCAAAAAAUGUGAAAAAGGAUUACUUUACUAAGUUGUUCGUUAUAUCUCGGUGCCAUUGUUGCUCUCCUCUGUGUCUUGGCAAACCACCGGGGAAAUCGUUUCAUUUUGUUAAGAAUGUUGCUUUAAUUAAACUAUUUCAAAACGUACCUAAAAUAGCAUAUUUAGGAAGAUAGCAAUCCAACCUGAAACCAAACAUUCGUAAUUAACCAUAAUGAAUCCAAUUGCAUAGGAUAAACCUGAUUGUAUGUGUACGUAGGAAAUAUGAACUAAAUUAACAAUGUAGUGCUACCAAACACGAGAACAUAACUUCGAAUGGUUCCACUCGCUUUUUAGUGCGACCAAAACAAAUUCGACAGUUCCCUCGGGAAUGCAAAAUUGGCCAAAAAACAGACACAAUUUGAGGCAAUGCUGGAGUUGGGAUACCAUAAGACAGAAACAAUCUCUGAAAACUGGCGUUUGCCAUCAGCUCAUAAUAUUAUAGCAUCAAUUGUUACCAGUUGCAUUCAUUAACCAAGCGAACAGUAUAUAUAGUUUUCGAAAGAUAGAUACGUAUAGUGUGAGAUUUUGCAAAUCUGAGUUGGUUUCAUCGAGAGGCAAAACAGCAUUAAGUACACUAACGAGCCAGAAACGCAAUAACAAGAUUAGUUUUCACGCAUGAUCCGGUGGAAUCUGAUUCUACCUUUUCGCCUGUAGAGUAGAAUAGGAUGUUAUUCACUCCGACUCUGCCUUUGCCGAGUUGGAGACUGUAAGAACUCAAGCCUUAUUAAUUUUAAACGAGUCGAAAAAUAAUCUGUUCAUAUGUUUGUUUCCACAAUAAAGUAUUACUAUCAUUGCUACAAGUUUAUUGACAGUUGGUAAAGCGUUGACUCGAUAUGGCGUUCCAUUGCUUAGGUUUGCUGUUAACUGUAGUGUACAUGUGUUAUUUUCCCCUAGGAAACUUAGCAAUAUACCAUUUGAGCGAGUGAAGUAUAUAAAGAACAAAAUUUAAUUUGAUUAAUUUCAUCGGAAAACUCUGACGGUAACGCCUGUUUGUUAUGUUUCCUCCUGAAGAAAACAAAAAAUAAAAACCGUAAAAUGAUUGGAUUUCGAAACAGCAAUGCCAUUUCGGUUUAACAGAUUCCAUUGGUUUUAUUACACAAUUAAGCAUUUGCUGACUUGGACUGGCCGCUCGCUCUCGAAGAUCGUACGUGCGAAUCUAAUAAGCAACAGUCGAAAGCUCGUCCCGCGAGCACAGCUGCUUCCGACCGGCGCUAGACAGUCACACAUUGGAACACAACACUCGCCAUAUUUGUACAUAUGUGUAAAGCAUAAAACCAUUGAACAAACAAACUAAAACGAGUACAUUGAACAGUGAAUAGAACAAUUAGGAAUCAUUCAAAAUCACGACUACCGAACAGAGAGUUAAAUUAUUGAUACAUACAUGGUAGAAAAUACAAUAGUCAUCAUUUUUCAUUUGGAUGGUGUUUCACUGAACACUUUUGCUAUUUGACAAACAAAAGAACAUCUCGUAAACGGGCAAGCAAUAGAAACUUGCCUAAAAAUCCUACAUAAAAUAAACAGUUGGACCGGAGCAUUUUCAGAAGAAAAAUACAGGAACUAAAUACUUCCACAAGGCGGGAGGAAAAUAUCGUUCAAACUUUUAUAGUCAUGAAACGAAUGAAACUUUUAGCGUGAAAAUUAUUGCCAACAGCGAUUCACGAUAUCAGCAUUACGCCAUUGAAACCAACCAAACCAAACUUUUAUGACAUAAUCCACGAGGGCAAAUUGAUUAAAAUAAUUGAAACGAGAACUAGCUACAUGAUAAUCCAAUAAGCAUUGAAGAAAAAUUGUAGGUUAUAUAGAUUGGUACUUUGUAAACAGUCAGACAAGUUUGUAAAUAAAUAAAACAUUCGAAAAACAUUGGAACAUAUGGAAAAA